AAUAAUUACAUAAAAAAUAAUAAACGAAAUAAAUAUGAAAAUUGCAUUUUAAUUGAUAAACUGAAAUAAACAGGCGUUGUUUGUGAUCAAAAAUUUGGCAAAGUGAAAAUGUUUAUUGUGUAUUUGAUUAAACCGAAACGAAAGAGGCAAGCGCAGAAGAGGCAGAAGGAAAUAGAAAAUUCAACAAUAUUUGAGUCAAUUGGACCAGCCACAACAACAAACCAUUUGCUGCUGCCAACAACAAAUAAACAUAAACUACGUACGCAAUAUACAUACAUAAAAAUCAAUAUUUCCGGAAAUAAUUAAACAAAGGAAAAUUACCUUUAAAUUAUUUAGAAAGUGACUACAUUUGUGUCCUUGAAAAUCUCCUCAACUUUGCCUGGGGCCUUAGUGCUCAGCCAAAGUAACUGACAUUGCUUGGACCGUCAGUGAUUUGGGAGGCAGUGUAUGUAUGUAUAGUGAUACUAUGACGACGGAGAACAAUAUUCAACGAAUGACGAAUUUAAUGCUUGCCGAUCAACAACCACAUCAAAAUUCGCCAACGGGCACAUCCGCGCCAACAAGCAAUAAUCAGCUGGCCAGUAAAGUGGUGAUGAGAAAGUAUAAUAACAGCAGUAAUAAUGGUGCAAGUGGUAGUAAAAAUAUUGUUAGCUGUAGCCAUCGCAAUGAAGUUGCUUCUAGUGAGACAAAGGUUGAUUGCGUGGCCACAUCUCCAACUUCACCCGGUGAGAUGAGUUCCCACGAACUUAGGCAGCUGAAACGAGAAUCUGAUCCUCAAUAUUCCCGAUUUGCCGACUAUUUUGUGAUAUGUGGUUUAGACUUAGAUACUGGCUUAGAGCCGGAUCGUUUUGCAGGUGAUAAUUUGCAUUGUUCGCCUCUGGAUCGAGCCUAUAAGUCGAAGCCAUUGGCACACUACCCCGAAAAUGUUCCAUGGAAUCCCUUUGAUGCACAUGGUAUUUGUAUGCUUUCACUGCCCCAAGGGUUGCGCUUCCGAACUCAGAAACAUGAUAUUGAACCGAAAUUUCACUCCUUUGCAACUACUAGAGAAGAUGGAAAACGUUGUUAUGGUUUUAGUUUAGUGUUCUAUGAGGAAAUACGGAAUCGCAAUAUAUGUAGUGCUAUGCACACACUGCAGUCCAUGUUUAUAACGGAGUUGUCAAGCGGCCAACAAACUCACUCGCUUGGCCGUGUAAGGGAGAGUCCUGUAAGUCGAUCUCUUCCGCGGCAUUUCAAAGUAGCCGGACAAGCACCUCAAUCAGCACAAAGUUACUAUGACAUUGCAAAAGAUAAAUUGUUUGUCGCCAAAAGUAUCUCACUAAUAUGUCAAGUUCCGUAUGCAUUCGCUGCUCAAGUUUUUCUCAGUAACCUUUAUAAAAGUCUUCCACGUCAACCAGGACCUGGUAUAAGUCUCGAAUCCUAUGUGUACAAUAUUUUGUAUGAAGUAAUGUUGCCACAGUCUGGGAAAUCUAUAAGAAUUUAUUUGCCUCCUUCAGAGCCGCACUUGCCACCCUUGGCUGUGGUAUUACAACGGCCUGAGUCAAGCACAGAACUGCCAUUACUGGACUUUCCGUUACGUUUGUUAUUCACAUAUCUUGGAGUGGAAUGCGUAAUACAAUUAUUAACCUGUGUUCUUCUCGAAAAUCAAGUUCUAUUGCGUUCAAAUGAUCAUCAAAAGUUAAUGAUCGUUGGUGAGUGCAUUACUUCAAUUCUAUUUCCUUUUGUAUGGCCCCAUGUGUAUGCUCCAAUAUUACCUGCUGCCCUCCAUCACUUUUUGGAUGCUCCCGUCCCAUUUGUCAUGGGUCUUCAUGCCGAUUGUGAGUCCGCUAAUAAGAUCGGUAGUGAGGCAACACUUUGUUUUGUCGAUAUAGAUAAGAAAAUCAUACAAUUGCCGGAAGAGUUGCCAGUUUUUCCACAUAAAAUUGACUUCAUGGCAGAAAUUAUAUCAAUUUUGGACAAAUUCGAAAUAGAAAGAGAUCGUUCAUAUGAACCAAUACUCAAAAAUGGUUAUGCGACACGUGAUCACGACGUUAUGAUUAGUAGUUGCACGCUGCCGUCGGGUAUACAAGCGGCUCGACGAAGCAAGGAACGCUUCAAUCAAUUGCAAGAGACUGUUUACACGCUGGCCGGUAGCGGUCAUGGCAGCCCAACUGGUAUAGAUAAUGGGAUUGGUCAUCAUAUCGAAUACCAACCACUCAUCGCACAUCCCUCGAAAAUCGACCAUGUACCACGCAUAGCAGACUUUCUUCGUCGUAAAGGUGUACGUACACAAUCACCUGGUGCUGGUUCACUCAACGACGAUGUCGUCGAUGCAACAAUGUCACCAACCAAAGCUGCAGCAGCUGCACGCAGGGACACAAAACCAACAACUAUAUUGUCACUGGAAGAGCAAUACUAUCAGGACUUGCGUAUAAAUAAUGCGUUGCGCGAGACAUUUCUUAAUCGUUUUGUGCACAUGUUUUACGCAUAUGAAUUUUUUGUUAUCUACCCGAAUCAAGCACGUGAUGAGUGGAUUUCGAAUCGUGAAAGUUUACAAAAUUUUGAUAAGUCCUCAUUUUUAUCCGACCAACCAGAACAUCAUCGGGCGUUUUUGUCUCGCUUUCUCGAAUCUCAAAUGUUUGCGACAUUAAUCGACAACAAAAUCCUCGCUAUGUGGGAAAAGGAGCCAGAUGUAAAUUUACGCAUAUUCGAUCAGCGAGUGAAACUCCUAAGAAAGCGGCAUGGAGAGAAUAUGAUUUGCGCUACCAGCUAUGAGCCUUGCGUUAUGUCACAAGAGGCGCAACAGGUAUACGAGAAACGUUUACAUUGCAUCGACAUUGAAGUAACACCGCCCAGUGAGAUACUCUCCAAUAGAGCUGCAUAUUUUCGUAGUUUUCCCAUACUUGAAAAGUCCGUGCUAAAUCAGGAGUGUGCUUCGAGGGGCAAUAGUUUGCGGCGUGUAAAGAACGGUAAUAAAUGGCGAGCCAAAGAAAUAUCAAUAGACCAGAAACAGAUGAACCGUCUAUCAGCAAAUCUGUCAACCGCUGAAGUGAGUCCGGCUUUACUGGCACAGGCUAAUUGGACCUUUGUGGAACGUCUACUCAAAGACAUCAAAUCGAAGACGAAACGUAUGCUUUUAGAGAAAAUGGGCACAGAAGCUGUGGCAUUGGGUCUUAAAGGCGAUGGUAUUGAAGAGAAUACCCUAAUUGCUUCCUUAUGUGAUUUACUGGAGAAGAUUUGGUCGCAUGGUCUACAGUCCAAGCAAGGUAAAUCGGCAUUGUGGUGUCAUUUACAGGCGUACCUGGAAUUGCAAGAUGCUCGAGCCAAUAAUAGCACUACGACGACGAUAACAAAUCCUGCUCCCAAAGCGCUUGGAGGUAACAAAAUUAGCAGUGGCAGUUACGCCGGUACAACACCCGCACUCGCCUGGAAUGUGAUGCGCAAACGAAUGGAUUAUUUGUCUACUUUCCAAACCGAUGUCGACAAUCCACCCAGUCCAAAUCGCAGUCGUUCACGUGAUCGUAAUAAAUUUGUAGGUCUCGAACAAUUAUGCCCCUUGCCGGAGUCAUUGGAGUUCGAUGUUAAGAAUGUUCUGGCCAUGGCGGAUAUAAAAACACACAUCGGCUACACACGCGCCUGGGUGCGGCUCUCUCUUGAGAAAAAAUUGCUAUCGCGUCAUUUUAGAACCUUACUUUCGGAGGACUCAUUGCUUCGUUCACUAUACAAACGCAAUGCUUUCCUGCGUUGUGAAGAAGAGAAGGAACAAUUCUUAUAUCACCUACUCACACUAAAUACAGUGGAUUACUUCUCAUUCACCAAUACUUAUCCAACAACAAAGCUCCCAUAUCGAGUCGUGAUUUUUCCAUCACGUAAAUAUGGCUCCUAUCAUACUUCCAGUAAUGUUUGGAUAAUUGUAUCGGGUACUAUGAAUGAGACACAGCGUGUGCCAGUACCCAAAGGCUCGCUGGAGUUUAUUUUUCAUUACAAGAAUCUCGGUUUAUUGACAACGAUGCGCAUUGGCCACGAUAACUCGGGACCUACGCACAAAUGGCUAGUGGAGCAUGUAGUUAUGCGUAAUGAAGUUACAGGCCACACCUAUAAAUUUCCUUGUGGUCGUUGGCUUGGUAAAGGAGUCGAUGAUGACUCCACCGAACGUUUACUAGUUGGACAACGAGCAUCAACUAGCUCAAGGAAUGCCGAGAUGCCGGCCGUAACCAAUCAGACGCCACCACGCACCCGCAGCCCAAGCAUUCAACGGCAAGAUACAGUUCCCACCUCUGAAUUGCAACAUCAGUUGGGCAAUUGUGUGAAUGUUAUCGUUAAGUGGCACUAUAAGCCAAGUCGCGAUCGUGAUGUCGGAACCUUAACGAACUUGCUUUGCGGCGAUGAUGGCUUAGUGAAAUGUCUUGAGCGUGUAUUCUUAUGUGGAUUUCGUUCAACUCGUUUCUUUGGGAAGAAUCUUUAUAUAUGGGAUUACUUUUCUAAAAUUAAAGAACAAUUCGAGCAGUACUUGCAACACGAACAGCAACAACAGCUACACCAACAAUUGGAUGACUCCGCAUCUAGUAUGGAUUCAUCAUUUAGUGAUGGUAGUGGCGCGAAUAGUUUGCAACGGCGUGAAUUGUCCGCCAUUUGGCGAUACUAUGUACAUUUAAUGGACGAAAUAAACGCGGCCGGCAGUCAACUGGGAAAAGAUGGCAAAUUUCAGUUACUAAUUUGUCUAAGCUUACGUGAACAUUUGCUAACACGCAUGAUAAAACCCAUGGCUAUGACGAAAAUCACUCAUGAGAUGUAUGAAGAGGAAAGCUUUCUUCGGCGCAAAAAUCUUCUAACAUUUCUAAUUCAAAUACUCGAACCACUGGAUGAUUGCCACAUUGUGCUAGAAAACUCAAUCACUCAAGGCAUUCCAUCACAGUGUUAAUUUAAUUUUAAGAGAUAAUUUGCACACAUGUACAAUUAUAAAUAAGCUAGCUGUCUUGUUAACAUUUAAAACAAAGAUAGAAAAAGGUAUGAUUUUUGAAACUUUUUUUGUGCAGCUACUGAUGCGAGUCAUGUAUUGUAGUAUAUUUUUGACAUGAACAAAAGAACAGAUGAUAUUUAAAAUAUCGUUGAAAGUUUAUAAAUUGGAAGUCAGAUUCUUGCCGAGUAACUUUAACCAAAGACUUCAAGAUAGGAGCUCGAUUUUGUUUAAGUAAUAUUAUAUUUGAAAAGUGUAGAUUAAAGACUCAACAAAGACAUUUAAAUUCAAAAUUAAGAGUUGACUAUUUUUGUGCAAUUAUCAUUUAAUAUUUAUAUAAGUCAAAGCAAAAAUAACACUCUUUAUAUUGUGUUUAAAAAAAUUAACUCUCACAAGGUGUCAAAUCUUACUAAAAUUUUAAUUAUCGGUAUAUUGGUUGUUUAUAUAUACUCAUACUUACAUAUUUCCUUAAUAUACCAAAGAUAUAUAUUUGCUUGUUCACAAAGUUAUUUUCAUAAGAUUUAUUUUAUAUGAGAUUAUUUACAAAUUUAUAUGCCUUUUUUGUUGACUUUUGUUCCCAUUUAUAAAAUAAGACUAAAUAUCAUUCAAUUUAUUUUUGCUACGAACGAUAUUAUUUACUUCUUUUUGAGGUGCAUAACUUAGGACAUACAUAAUAAUGUACUUGCAACAUUCGAAUACUUAACAUUUAAUACUCUAUUGUGUGGAAUACUCUCAAUUCUAUGUACACAAAAUUUCAAAAGCGAAUCUCUGCAAAGUGUAAAGACAAAACUACAUAUGAAUAAAAUUAAAAUACAAAAAUG